UCAAUACAAACUACAACUUCACAACAACAGUCUCCGUAUGCGUACCCAGAAACCAAAUCAAACCAAACCAAAAGCAAACUCAUCAUCAUCAUCAUCUCUCUAUGGGUUUAAGCAAUAACAUCACAGCAGUGGUUAACUUCAUAGCCCUUUUAUCUUCAAUCCCCAUUAUAGCAGCAGGAAUAUGGCUAGCUUCAAAACCAGACAACGAAUGUAUCCACGACUUUCGUUGGCCCGUCAUCGUUUUGGGCAUUCUGGUUCUUGUCGUUUCUCUGGCUGGUUUUCUUGGAGCUUACUUUUACAGACAAUGUCUUUUAGCCUUUUAUCUUGUCUCUAUGGCCUUGCUUAUCGUUCUGCUUCUUGUCGUUCUUGCGUUUUCCUUCUUCGUGACCAAUCCUGAUGGAAGCUUUCAUGUUCCUGGUCGAGCCUAUGAUGAGUAUAAUCUUGAGGGUUUCUCUGGUUGGCUCAGAAACCAUGUUACGAGUCCUGAAUCAAGGUGGCAUAAGAUAAGUACGUGUUUGGCUGGUUCUAACGUUUGCACUAAGCUCCCUGAGGAUUACGUCACUUCUGAUGAGUUUUUCAACUCUAAUCGUAUUUCUCCUUUGCAGUCAGGAUGCUGUAAGCCUCCAACAGCAUGCGAGUACAACUAUGUGAACCCGAUAUUGUGGGUGAACACAACAAAUCCAAUGGAUAACCCAGAUUGUUACAUGUGGAACAACGACCAGGUUCAGCUGUGUUAUAAUUGCAAUGCAUGCAAGGCUGGUCUGUUGGGAAAUCUUAGAAGAGAGUGGAGGAAAGCCAAUAUGAUUCUGCUUGUGGCUCUGGCGGUUCUCAUUUGGGUCUACAUCAUUGCCUGUAGUGCCUACAAGAACACAAGAAGAGAGACCCUUUUCCGCCAUUUCAAGCAGGGUUGGUUUUGACAUGUUUCUGCUAAUUUUGCUCAUUUUUGUUGUCUUCUACAUUGACCCAGUAGGAUUUUGUUGUGUUUGGUUUCAAUCCUCUGAAAUUCUCAAUUCUCAAGUGUAUGUGAACUUUGAAAAUAGAAGAUAGAAAGUUGAGUGGAAGAAAAAUAAAAUAAAAUGUAAACUCCAUGCACAUUUACACU